AUGGUUGAGAUCAUGGACAGCAGAAGGGAGGUCGAGUGGAGUCCCGACAUGGAGCUGGAAGGGGAUGACGCGGAGAAGGCUGCCGCUCUCUUGCUGGCGGUGGCGCCCCGCAACCGCUCCUUCGACGCGACACAGAACCCCGAGGGGCCCGGACCCGCGGGCACGACCGGUGGCGGCGGCGGCGGCGGCGGCGACGACGGCGGCCCCGUGAACGCGCCGCCUGCGCCACCCCCCGGCGGCGGAGGCGUUGCUCACGUCGGCACGGAAGGCGGAACGGUUCCGUCGGAGGGAGCCGGUGCUGGAGCCGCGGGGGACGCUGACGGAGGGGGCUCCGGGGAAUCGGCUCUGAAGCGCGAGUUCGGCGGGAUGUUGAACGGAGCGCUGCCGAACACUUCGUAUCGCGACUCCGCUGCCGCCGCUCUGUCCGGCGGGGACCCAAGGGCGGCGACCGUAUCGACCGCCUCGUCGCCGUCUUCGUUAUCGUUAUCGUUGUCGUUGUCAACAUCCCCUCGCCCCCGAAGCGCCUCCAUCGGCGGGGGGGCGAGCAUGCGGCUGCAGUCGCUCGCGGACCUCGCGACUCAGGAACUCCAAACCAUGUGCGACGUCGACGAGACCGACACGGCGGGUGCGCACGGGCACCGCCGCCACCACCACCACCACCGCAGCCUCAGCAACGGCAACAGCCAGUCAUCGUCCGCUCGGACCCCUCCCGCACCCGCGGGCUUUUCUCCGAAGCGGCACCUAUCUCCCCGCCUUUCCGGCGGCGGUGGCGGCGGCGGCGUUUUUGCCCUGUCGUCGGCAGCGGCGGCUGUGGCAUCGUGCUCGUCGCCGUCGCCGCCAGCGCGCGCCGCCCCCAGUCACCACCACCACCUGCGGGAGAGAGGGGUACCCCGCUCCCGCCACGAGCGGGCGGAGGAGGAGGAAGAAGAGGAGGAGGAGAUGCGCGCGGCCGCCCGGGCCGGCGGCGGGCGGGGGAGGCGGCACCGCCCCCGGUCGGUGUCGAUGCCGGAGGGGAUGGAGCUCCAGGCCAGGGCGUGGUCGGGCGGCUACUCGUCCGGCAGGAGGAAGAGCGGCCGGAUCGACUCCAUAAAGGAGGAGCUCGAGGUUUGCCUUCUCGAUCGCAACAUACCCACCACGCGGUAUGCCGACAUGUACAACAAGAACGGUCGGAUCGGCAUCUACACGCGGCAGGAACGCGAGGCCAUUAUCGCACGCUUCAAGCGAAAACGGGGGCGCAGGGUGUGGAAGAAAAAGAUCAGAUACAACUGCCGCAAGAACUUGGCAGACAAGCGCCUCCGCGUGAAGGGGCGCUUCGUCAAGAUGUCGCCGGAGCAGAGGGCCGCCCUCAAGCUCAAGCAGAAGGCCCUCAAGAGCGCCCGUGCCGCGGCUGUCGCGUCGGGAGCCACCAGGUGGGAGGGAGGGAAGGAGGGUGUGUGA